CCGCCACCGCUGCACCUUUCUCCAGUAACUCCAUUUUUUUCCUUUUCAGCCGCGCCCCGCCCCGCCCACCAGUCUCGACUCUUCGCCCGCCGUCUUGCAUCAACUAGUACUUACCCGCCGUCCCGUUUCCGCGCCUGCAGCCGCCCGCUCGCCCGCCCGCCCAGUGCUGCAUCUAUAUAAAGAAACACCCAUACUGCUCAGCCUCUUGCGUGCCCGCCUUAACUGGCCCACCGUCGAUCACCAGCGCGUCGCCGCACGCACCACCAAUCUGCAUCCUCUGGACCACCUCCGCCAGCUUCGGCGCAAAGCCGCAAGCAAACGCUCAAAUCUGGCGGCCUUGAAGAAAAUGGUCGGCUCCUCGCACCACCAGCUCGCCGUGCCCUCGUCUCCCUCGACUCCCUCUAAGCGCGAGCGCUCCCACGACAGCAUACGCUCCACCGCCGCCGUCGCCUCCUUGUCCAUGAACAGCAGCCCGAGUCUGUCGGCGAGGGGCGACGAUUCCGCCUCCGAAGAGGCUCCUUUGCCAUGGUUCCUAAGACAGAAGAAAACAGAGACACACUCCAAGUUUGUCGAGCUUGAAUGGCAGCAAAGGAACCGCCUGGUCCAGAGCACCACGCCCUCGCAGAACAACACCACCUCCCCUUCGCAAUGGGCGCGUGUGACGGGCGAGGCUGUCUCGCAGCGCAAUCGUUACCUGAACGUCGACCCGUUUGCCAACAACCGCGUACAACUCAAGGUCCCCGAGGGACAUGACGACUACAUCAAUGCUUCGCCCAUUGUUCUGAAGACGAAGAAGUCUGGGGCCAUAAAGAACUUUAUAGCGACUCAGGGACCCAAGGACAACACCCACCACCACAUCUGGCGCAUGAUCUGGCACGAAUGCGCCUCCCCGGCCGUUGUCCUCAUGCUAACCCAGACGCACGAGUCCGGCCGCGAGAAAUGCUUCCAAUACUUCCCGCACUCGAUGGAGGCGCCAUACCUCACCAUCAACGAGCACGACGAAUUCGAAGAUGCCUUAGUCCUAGACAUUACGCUCAAGACACUCAACGAAGACGAAAAGACACGGUCCACGAUCCGGGAGCUCGAGCUGCGCGACCGCCAAACCGGCGAGACCAAAACAGUCUGGCACAUUCUCUUCAGCGCGUGGCCGGACUUCUCGGUCCCAGAAGGCGCCGACAAGCUCGCGCUCCUCGAACUCAUCCCGCUGUCACAGCAAAAGAACCCCGCGCCCGAAAACCCGCGCAUCGUGCACUGCAGCGCCGGCGUGGGCCGCAGCGGCACCUUCAUCGCGCUGGACUACCUGCUCGCGGAGCUGGACGAGGGCAGCCUGGACGCCGUCCCCGACGGCCGCGACCCUAUUGAGGAGGUCGUCGAGAAGUUGCGCACCCAGCGCAUGAUGAUGGUCCAGGGCGAGACGCAGUUUAUGCUGUUGUACGAGACGCUGCGCGAGAAGUGGGUCGAGCGCUGGCGUCAGCGCAUGGGGCUGCCGUCUGCCCCCUACAAGCACCCAGAAGAGGUGUUGGGCGGCGAGGAGAAGAAGAGACAGGCCAAGGUUGCGAAGCUGGCGCGGGACUUGGAGGCGGAGAUGAGGCAGAACGCUUCGCUGGGGGAGAAGCUGUAAAGGGAGAAGGGGGGAAGCAGCGGCUUUUGCGCCUCUGAGCGAAGUUUGGAUGGCUGUUUGGUUGGUUGGUUGGUUGGUAUUCUUGUGG